UGUGCAUAUGCCACAAUCGUCUCUCACGAUGGUUGUGCCAUCACUAUUUAUGGUCAUCGUCGAGUUCUUCUCUCUGGUUCUAUCCAUUACUUUUGUAGUACCGAUGAGAUGUGGCCGAAUCUUAUAAAGAAGGGCAAAGAAAGAGGUCUUGAUGCAAUCGAGACUUAUGUUUUUUGGAAUGCACAUGAACCUACUCGUCGUCAAUAUGAUUUUUCUGGAAAUCUGGAUCUUAUUCUUUUCUUCAGAACCAUUCAAAAUGAAGGAAUAUGUAUGGAGUUCUACGCAUUGGACCAUAUGUUUGCGCAUAGUAGAAUUACGGUGUGGGUGCAUAAUAUGCCCAUAAUAGAAUUCAGAACUACUAAUACUGCGUUUAUGAAUGAGAUGCAAAAUCUUACAACUAUGAUAAUAGAAAUGAUUGAAAAUGAGUAUGGAAAUGUGAUUGGAUCAUACGGAGAAGCGGGUAUGGCAUAUAUUUAG